AUGUCUGCCCCAGUUCGCAUUUCCUCUGAAGAUAUCGUCGACACCAGGGCGUUGCUUACCUUGGUGGACGACAAUCAUGAUGCGAUCAUCUAUGAUCCCGCCUUCAACGUGUUUUUGCCGUUCUUGGGCUCCCCGACCAUCAGCAUUGAAUUUGUUGGUUAUGUCCUGCAGUACUCGAACCCAGAUCAGCCAAUAAUCUACCCUCUAUAUUCUCCUCCUUUUGGUCUUGACGCUCUCAAGCGCCAGCUUUUCCAGAUUGCUUAUUUGGAAACGCCUAUGCUGCAUAGCUCUGCAUUCGAGCUCGCCGGAUUCGAGGUUCCAUUGUUUGCUGUGGUGCUGCAGGCCAUGAAAAAUACUCUUCCUUGUUUGAAUCUGCGGUGGGUGCGGGGCAGGACUGGCAUCAACACUGUGCUCCACGGUGUGUAUCACUAUAUGGACGUGGCUCGCGCCCAUGAACCUGAGGUCAAAGUGAACCUCGUGGAGUACCCUUUCGGGUACUAUGUCAGGGUCAUUCCUGAUGUUGAUGCUUCGAAUAAUGGAUCGACAAUCCUUCAGACGACAUGGAUCGGCUCCUCGGUCAUGACGCUCAACACUCCUCACACCACUGGGGUCCAGCCCCACCCGAAAAAGGUCUCAGCUGCACACAGUUUACACCAAAUUAUGGAGAUGUGCCCGAACUGGCGCAGGGUUCUUGCACUCUUGCGUAUGCUUUUAAGGGUCGCUAUAUGCUGUGGUCGCAGUGACAAUCCAUAUCUCCUCGUCAAUGUGGAUUUUUCUGCGCGCCAAUUGGAACUCAUUCGCAGUGUUUGGCCUGAAUGCCUUUUACGUGCAAACGUCACCUCUGAGAGCUUGGAAACAGGUCAGGAGCUCAAUUUUCCUGAUACCUGCAUAUCCCGAAUUCUUCCUGUAUAG